AUGACUUUGGAUGGCUUAUUCAUAAUUACAAGCAACAAAGUGUUAGCAUUUGACAAUUCGGUGCCCUCGCCGGCCACCAUCGAGAUUUCAAAAGAAACUGGACAUAUUGUUAAUGUUAUCCCCACUAAAUUGUCAUUGGAAGACUACCCAUCUCUCACCCCAACAGAAUUUAUUGAUGCAGGCGAUGAUGUUGUUAUGCCGGGUCUUGUUGAUGCUCACGUUCAUCUGAACGAUCCAGGCAGAACGGCAUGGGAGGGUUUUGAGAGCGGAACAAAAGCUGCAGCAGCAGGGGGAGUUACAACUGUCAUUGAUAUGCCUCUAAAUUCAAUUCCACCAACAACAACUGUGGCUAAUUUGGACAUUAAGUGUAAAACAGCAACGGGUAGAUGCUGGGUAGAUGUUGGAUUUUAUGGAGGUAUCAUACCCGGGAACCAGAAUGAAAUCGUACCAUUAAUAAAAGCUGGCGUUCGAGGGUUUAAAUGUUUUUUGAUUGAAAGCGGGGUUGAUGAGUUUCCGUGCGUAAAUGAAACUGACUUAAGAAGAGCAUUUGAAAAACUCCAGAAUCAAAACACUGUAUUCAUGUUUCAUGCAGAGAUGAGCGAUGGUGAACAGGAAGAGGAUAAUGAGCAAAUCGAGCCGCAAAACUAUCAGCGUUUCCUUCUAUCUCGUCCACCUAGUCUCGAGUUAAAUGCAAUUAAACUUGUAGUACAGCUUACUAAUGAGUAUAAAACAGUACCAACUCAUAUCGUGCAUCUUUCUGCAGCAGAUGCUUUAAACAUCAUUAAGAAGGCAAAAGAUGAUGGUCUACCAUUAACAGUUGAAACUUGCUUCCAUUAUUUAUGUCUUUCUGCUGAGGAUGUCCCUGCCGGUCACACAGAAUUUAAAUGCUGCCCACCAAUUAGAAACCAAACUAACAGACAAAGGCUUUGGCAAGCACUGCAAGAUGGUAUUAUUGAUGAUGUUGUUUCCGACCACUCUCCUUGUACUGCAAACUUGAAAUGUUUUAAUGAGGGAGACUUUGUGAAAGCUUGGGGAGGUAUUUCCACGCUACAACUUGGAUUGUCUGUAUUAUGGACUGAAGCAAAGAAACACGGAUGCAACAUUGAUGAUCUUGUGAAAUGGAUGUCAAGGAAUACGGCCAAGAGAGUCUUUCUUGAUGAUCGCAAGGGUGCAAUAAAGAAAGGGUAUGAUGCUGACAUCGUCAUCUGGAAUCCUGAAGAGACUUUUACGGUUACCAGGGAUAUUAUCCAAUUUAAAAAUAAACUCACUCCAUAUGUCCAGAGAACUUUAUACGGUGUUGUGAAAAAGACAAUUCUCAGAGGGAAUGUAAUCUACGACUCUUCCCAUGGGGUUAUUG